UUCUAUAGCACUGCUGCUGCUGCUGCUGCUGCUGCACACUUGGGCAAACUGAGAGUGAACAAGGAGAGAGAGAGAGAGAGAACACAAUUGCCUAUGGAUGUGGAAAUUCUCAUUUGGCCUCUUCAUUAUCUCGCGCGAUAUCAGGCACACACAGGUUGAGCUCACUAAUUUUUUUUUUUGUUCAUUCUGGAAACACAAAAAAGGCGAACGAGCGAGACUAGUUGAAUAUUAAACUCGGUGAACGAUGUGUCGAAGACUUUGAGUGCUCGCGGUGUGUGCGUGUGUGGCUUUUUUUUUUUAUACGUAUAAAGAAAAGCAGCCGUCGUCGGGAGGUAUAUCGUUAUAAAAAGUGUUCAAAAGAAAAAAAAAAGAAAGAAAGAAAGAAAGGAUCGGAAAAUGGAGUCGAAGGCGCGCAGUCUGCUAUUGGUCGCAGCUAUAUCACAGUUAUGGUGCUGCUCCACGGGCGAUGCCGAGUACGUGACGCUCGUACGAAGAGUAGGUGGAGCACCAGCACCACCGGCGGCAACGGCGACAGCAGGUGAAUUGGAAAUCUCGUUGUCGAGUAGUCGCGGCAGCGAUUCGACGAACGCGUCAUUAAUUAGAAGCGAAAUCGUGUCGCAGCGACAGCAGCACAGCAACGAUAAUAAUAUCGAGACGAGAUUGGACCGCAUCAGAGCCCGGGCCGCGAGCGACUCGUCGCGAUGGAGACAGCGCGCCGAGCGCGCUCAUCUGGAGAGGCAGCGACUCGCGCGCGAAAUGGCCCUGUUGAGAGAGCAGGUGCAGCGGGCGUUGGCCAAGAAAAACAACGAUGACGAUGGUCGUCGCGGACGUCGUAGAAAAGCAGCGACGACGAUCCACGUGAAGAGCAAUUACAGCGGUGUGGAAAGGCUGCGGCGGGUGAUAACCGUGCUGCGCGAAAAAGCUCCGAUCGUCGGCGCGUACAGUCAAUCGGCCGGCAGAAACAUGGAGAGGCGCGCCGAUCGUUUGGAAAGGAAGCUGCGCAAGAUCGAGAUUCGUAUAAGCCGAGGCCGUCGUCGUUACAACAAUUACAACGAUGAUAACGAGAGCAACAAAUUGGCGGCACCGCAGCUGAGAAUCUUGACCAAGCGUUCGAUCGACGAGGCCGAGAGCAGCGCCCAGCGCGAACUGCGAGAAGCCGCGGCGGCCGCCGAGCAAGCCGAGGCCUGGGUGAAGAUCAUCACGGACGCGGCGGCCAAGGAGAUGGAGCUGACGAGGACCAACUGCACCCAGGAGCAGUCGGACAGCGUCAAGAAGCUGCUGGAGACGGUGAGGAAUCUGCAGAGACUCGCAGUCGAGGCCAGAGCCCAGGACAGAAACACCUUGGAGAUACUGCCGAACGGCGAGGUGCUGACCAAAGCCGUCGGCUCGAGCAUUCUGCUGACUUGCAAGCCCCAGGUGGCGGACACCAAGCUCAUCAGCGACAUACAAUGGCUCGAUCCGUCGAAUCGGCCCGUCGACGUUCUGAGCGCCGCUCAAGGCUACUCGAAGCCGUCGAUGUACACCGAGAUCCAUCAGGACAACAGCCUGUCGCUGUUCUUCAACUCGCUGAAGGAGGAGCAGGCCGGCAAGUACAUCUGUCGCGCCAUGUACGCCAACACUCAACUGCUCACCAAGACGGUUACCAUUGAGACCAUAGUCGCCAUCACCUGGGACAACGCCCCUGAGAACCAGUACCCGAUCCUCGGCGAGGACUUCGCCAUCAGGUGUCAGGUGCGCGCCCGGCCGUCGCCCACCGUCGACUGGCUCUACAACGGCGAGGUGAUACGCACCAACGAUCAUUACGUGAUCGAGACGCACGCGCUGCGCAUCAAGAACGUGAAGGAGAGCGACGACGGCAUCUACACGUGUCGCGCCUCGGUGCCGCAGACCGGCGAGCUGCAGGAGCGCACGAUACGCGUGGAGGUGCACACCCGGCCCAAGAUCGAGGAGUACGACACCCACGUGGAGAUCACCGAGGGCGAGAACGCCAACGUCAUCUGCAAGGCCAUCGGCAAGCCGCCGCCCAAGUUCUCCUGGAUCAAGAGCCUGACCAAGGAGAAUCUCGCGAUAACCGAUCGCUUCGGCGUGAACGAGGACACGGGCGUGCUCACCGUGACCAACGUGCGCCGCGAAGACACGGGCGAGUACCAGUGCACCGCGACCAAUCUCGCCGGCAUGGACAGCAUCACGAUACAGGUGACGGUCAUCGUCAAGCCCAAGAUCAUGGAGUUCCUGAAUCAGACGGUGGCCGAGGGCGAGCAGGCCACCCUAGCGUGUCGCGCUUUCGGCAGGCCGCCGCCCAGCAUCACGUUCCGCAAGCACACGGCCGAUAGGCCCUACAUAAUGGGCGCCCAGCCGGACGACGACCGCAUCGUGCUGCGCAACCAGGCCGACGAGCAGAAGGGCGAGACCCUCGGCGAGCUCAUCAUCGACCAGACGCUGCGUUCCAACGACGGCAUGUACGAGUGCAUCGCCACCAACAAGGGCGGCGUCGCCAUCAAGAACGGCCACCUCACCACCGAGUUCAAGCCCUCGUUCGCCUCCAUGACCAAUCGCACCUACUACUCGUGGGAUCAGCUGCCCAUCAAUCUGACCUGCAUCGCCGAGAGCAUACCCAACGCCACGAUACGCUGGACCUAUUACGGGGACAUGAGCGUGGAGCGGGACCCGGACAUCGUCGUGCUGGGCAACGGGCCCGUGUCCACCAUCACGGUGACGCCGCGCAAUCGCCGCCUCUACGCCCUCUACAAGUGCAUCGCCGUGAACAAGCACGGCGAGGCGCAGCACCAGAUCGAGCUGCGCGAGGCCCCGAAGCCCGCGGACGUGCAGCAGGUCAUCGAGAAGGGCGCCACCGCCACCACCGUCACCUUCGAGAUCGUGCCGCCCGUAGCGCCCCAGGAUCUGCCCAUACGCACGCUCACGGUGCAGUAUCGCAGGCAGGACACGUCCUGGCAGACGGCCCAGAAUCGCACCUGGGCCGUGAUCGGCCAGCAGGGCCGCUACGUCGUCGAGGAUCUCCAGCCGCAGACCAUGUACGAUUUCCGCUUCGCCGCGACGAACGACGCCGGCCGCGGCAACUGGGCCAAGGUGAUGCACCUCGGCACGCUGAGCCGCGACGUGCCCGGACCCGUGCGCUUCCUGCCGACGCCCGAGCGCGACUAUCUCGUGUCGCACUUCCCCGACCGCUACAAUCUCAAGUGGUCGGCGGCGCCGGACAACGGCGAGCGCAUCGACUACUACGACAUCAAGUGGUGCGAGGCCAAGAAGUACACAGGCAAUCACUGGGAGGUGCAGGACAACACCUGCCAGAACAAGCAGGAGGGCAAGCAGGACACGUGGAUCAGCAAUCUCUAUCCGGACACGUUCUACAAGAUCACCGUCAGGGCGCACAAUAUCCUCGGACUGGGCCAAGCGUCCAACAUGACCAUCAAAACGACCAGAGAAUCUGCGAGCUUUGUAGUGGACGAACGGAUUACACAUGGCGGAGCCAAUAAUGUCCAGCUAAACGCCUGGGUGAUCGCCAGCGGCAGCUUACUUGCGAUCUUAUCUAGAGCAUUUUAAAGAAUUUGAGACGCGAAAACUACGAUACACACAAAUACACAAAAACACAUACAUUUACGCGUAUCAAAAAAAAAAAAUACACCUACACGAUACACCAGACAAGAUGACAAUAUUAUGUACACAUUUACAUAAAUAGUUAGAUAUGCAUACGUGCAACGAAUGUAUAAAAAGACUAUUAUUAGGUUUUCUCUUGUAUCCAUAAUACUGCCGAUCAGCGGGAGUGAUAUUGCCCGCUCUUCACUUCCUAAAAAAAAACAGAAAAAGAAAACAAUAAGAAUAAGAAAAGUCGAUUUCAUUUGCUCUUAGAGCGAGUAGGAGAUAUUUUGCAAGAGAGAGACUCUCGACGCCUUUUUUUCUUUCUACAUUUUCCGCGAUAGAGAGAGAGAGAGAGAGGGAGGAGAGAGAGGCAAACUCAAUUACCAUUCAUCGAUUACUUUAGGUUUGCCGUUGUUCGAGAUUUAUGGUAUACACAUUCCGUAUAAGAGCUAUAAGGGAGAAUGAAAAAAAGGCAAAUGGAAUACGAAUAGGUUUUAGUAGUUGCUCGGGAGUAAAGAAUAUAAAAAAAAAAAAAAAUAAGUGAACUAACGUACUGGUACGUUUCCGUAACUUUUUCAUCCUCUUCCGUUUUUUCUAUCGUUUUACGCGUACAAUAUAUACGAAGUAUACAGUCGCGUUUAAUAAUCGUAAUAUGUCGAUCGAGAUUGAUGCCUGAAACAUUGCCAAAUGCCUAGAAUUUAAUGUUGUAUAGGUAUUUUUAGAUUAAAUACGUAUUGUCAUAAAAUUCCACAAUGUCUUCGAUUAAUUACUAUUAUUAUUAUUAUUUGGUAGAUCUAGUAAUAUUAUUAAUCUCAGGUACAAGAUCAUGAAUACAAUGUAAUUACAUUUUUCUCCCUCAUAAUUUUAAGUUACCUCUAAAAAUGCGCCUUCUGGGUUGUAUCUCAUUAUUGUGUCUAACUAUUCUAUUAUUUAAUCUAAAAAUUAAUUUUAAUUGUGUGUCUAUUUUCUUUAUUCAGUUCAUCGUUGAAAGUUAAAAAAAAAAAGAAAUCUCAAUGUUUGCUUGCUACGUGGAAAAAAAGCAGCGAUAUAAUCUCAUAAUAUGUCAUAAGUAAAAUGCAUGAUCUGUUAAUUUUUUUGCCUUUCAAACGAUUACAUGCGAGUCUAUCCAUUUAAUAGAGCUCCGUAUGAUUUGUCCCAGCAGACGGGGUAUAUAAAAAAGAAAUCAAUGGACACUUGGCGUCUGUUAUGGGCUUCCUAUAGUAGUGGGCUCUUGUAUUGUCGUUACAGUCGAGCAAUAAUACUUGAAGAUACGAAUCGCGCGGGCAAUAUUCUGUACUAUGUGUGUCUGUGCUCUAUGUGUCUGCCAGUCGCGGCGAUACUCGACGAAUAAAAUCGAUAUUACCGUUUGAUUUUAUUACGUCAGACCCAUCUCUCUCUCUCUCUCUCUCUCUCGCACGCUCUUUUUCUCUUUAAUUAGCGCCAGACGCAUCGGGGCAAAGAGAGUUAGAGGGAGAGAGAGGGAGGACUCCGCGUGCUCUAUUUUGCAUAAUUGAUAUCGUUGCUUUAUUUUCACGUGCGUCCGAAUCAUUCGGGGCUCUAUUUUGUCUGUGUGUCUGUAUGGCUCUAUACCUAUAUAUCUUGCUAUUAUUGCGUUUGAACUUUAGUUUAUUAUGAACACGUCGGUUUAUUUUAUAAUACAUAGGAGUAUAAUAUAUACAAUUUUAAUGUGCGUUGUGCAUGUGCAGUGAUGAGUAAAUAUAUUAUACGUAGCGUUAAUAUUAAAGAGAAAAAAAAAAAGGAUUAAUAAAUGUGCAUCGCUAUUUUGAAUGAAUUUACUUGAGAGGUAUUUAUAUAAAACGAAUUAAACAUUGUAAAUACGAUGAUAAAUAUAAACAAAAGACAGAGUAAAAGUAGAGAGAAAAUAAAAACGAUGUAACAAGAAAAAGUAAUCGAAAAAAAAUAUACGACUUCAGUAUCAUUGAAACAUGACGCAAUGGGGUGGCGCUUGGAAGUCGAUUCCAAGCACGACAUGGACACGCUGGUGCGUUGUAAUCGAUUUCCUCGAUCGUCUCCGAGUUGUUCAUUGAUUAAAAAACACACGCAUAUAUACAGUACCAUUUUUAUAUGUAAUAACAUAGCAGAAAAAAAUCUAUAUCGCAAACUUACACACGGAGAGCAUCCGAUGACAAAAAUAAAACAUAAACUGCGUGAAAAAAUGGGUAAAUAUCAAACAUUCAAAGAACAAUCAACUUACUGAACAAGCAAGCUUUAGCCUUUAUUAGAUUAAUCUUUUAUCGAGUUCAUUGAUUAUAACAACACCACGCAUUUGAUGACUAGUUUUUUUUUUUUAUAUAAUUUAACAAUUCAUGUGCCAUGUAUAACUAUUAAAACGCUUGUAAUUCUCACUCGUGUUUAUGACUGGCCUCGGAGAAAUCGUUUUUUAGGCUCUUGCGCUGCUGGGGCGUAAUGAAAAAGAAAAAGGGUGUAAUUAAGUAGAGUAGUCUCUUUCUCUCACUCUUUUAUUUUCCUCCAGAGUUAAACACACGUAUACACAUUAUACAUACACGUUAUUUAUAUAUCUGUAUAGGAGUCUACUAACAAUCUCUAGCUUUUGCGUUACUUUUCUCAAACUUGCCGUUCAUUCACUCGCUUCUCUCUCUCUCUCUCUCUCUCUCUGUGUCUGCGGGUCUUUCAAACUGUCGGGAAAUGCUUUAAGUGUGCUCUCUGUGUGCGUAUGUGUGUGUGCCGAGUCUCUGUAUAACUGCAAGCAGUCGAGUGUAUAUAUAUGUGCGAUGUGCGUUUCUAUUGCUUUUUUUCGCCUUCUCUUUCUUUGCUUCAAUUCAGACAACUUUUUGCGCCUUUAGUCAUGGUGCAGUUUUAUACUACUAUCCCAUAUAGAUUGGCUCGUUUUCUAAUAGAACAGCAAAAACUAUGCGCUUAAGGGAAGAUACGUUUAAUCAAUGGUGCUUUUAUAUAUUACGCGAAGGAGUAAUUGAUUGUUUUCCGUUUAGUUUUUUGUAUGUUAUACCGAUCGAAACUUUCUUCUCCCGCAUACUUCUUUUUAAGUUUUUAUUCAUUAUUAUUUUUUUUUUAAUUAAAACGACUGCGCUCUCUCUUUCGCGUUCCCUCUUCCUCUCUGCACUCGAAUGACAUAAAUGAUCUCGUAUUACGUAAAUUUGUACAAUCACGCGCGCUGUCGCAUUAUUGUGUAUAAUAAUUUCGAGAGAGUACGUGUUUGGUGAUGUAUAAGAACGGUAAACCAAGUACCAGUACGUUUUUUUAGCUCUAAAUACGUCUAAGUGUAUUAUUACGUACGUGUGAGGUCAAAUGAAAUAGCUGUCAAUGUCGAUGUCCUGUUUGUUAUUUUUUGUCGCUCAAGUACACUCGAGAGAAAAUUCUCCCACUUCUCAUCUCACGUACCAUUGUGCUCAUCGUCAUCACCACCAAGCAUCGUACUUACUACAUAAUAAAUAUAUAUCAAUUUUUUUUCAUUAUUUUUUAUUUUUACAUUGUCUCGAAGCGCGUGUGAUAGCCUCGCACUAACCAUUUUUACAUAUUUUACGAUAUAAAUCGAUUAACGAUUCUCGAGCAUGUGUCGAGAUCAUUUUUUUUUUUUUUUUUGCAAUGUC